AAUACAUGGCGGAAAGAGAGGUGUUGCAGCUUCCCUGGAAGUCUCUGAGAGCCCUGGGAGUAUCCAAGUGGCCCGGGGCCAGACGGCAGUCCUGCCCUGUACCUUCACUACCAGUGCUGCCCUCAUUAACCUCAAUGUCAUUUGGAUGGUCAUUCCUCUCUCCAAUGCUAACCAACCUGAGCAGGUCAUUCUGUACCAGGGUGGACAGAUGUUCGAUGGUGCUCCCCGGUUCCAUGGUAGGGUAGGAUUUACAGCCACUAUGCCGGCCACCAACGUCUCUAUCUUCAUUAAUAACACUCAGCUGUCAGAUACAGGCACCUACCAGUGUCUGGUCAACAACCUUCCAGAUAGAGGGGGCAGAAACAUUGGGGUCACCGGUCUCACAGUUUUAGUUCCCCCUUCUGCCCCUCACUGCCAAAUCCAAGGAUCCCAGGAUAUCGGCAGCGAUGUCAUCCUGCUCUGUAGCUCAGAGGAAGGCAUCCCUCGGCCAACUUACCUUUGGGAGAAGUUAGACAAUACCCUCAAACUACCUCCAACAGCCACUCAGGACCAGGUCCAGGGGACAGUCACCAUCCGGAACAUCAGUGCUCUGUCUUCAGGCUUGUACCAGUGUGUGGCUUCUAAUGCCAUUGGAACCAGUACCUGCCUUUUAGAUCUCCAGGUUAUUUCACCCCAGCCCAGGAGCAUUGGACUAAUAGCGGGAGCCAUUGGCACUGGUGCAGUUAUUACCAUUUUUUGCAUUGCACUAAUUUUAGGGGCAUUCUUUUACUGGAGAAGCAAAAAUAAAGAGGAGGAGGAGGAAGAAAUUCCUAAUGAAAUAAGGGAGGAUGAUCUUCCACCUAAAUGUUCUUCUGCCAAAGCAUUUCACACCGAGAUAUCCUCCUCAGAGAACAACACAUUGACCUCUUCCAAUACGUACAACAGUCGAUACUGGAGCAACAAUCCAAAAGUUCACAGAAACGCAGAGUCAUUCACCCACUUCAGUGACUUGCUCCACUCAGGCAAUGCCAGUAUCCCGUCCAUCUAUGCUAAUGGGAACCACCUGGUCCCAGCUCCACAUAAGACUCUAGUAGUGACAGCCAGCAGAGGGUCACCCCCGCAGGUUGUGUCCAGGAGCAAUGGCUCGGUCAGCAGGAAACCUCGGCCUCAACACCCACACUCAUAUACCGUCAGCCAAGCGACGCUGGAGCGAAUUGGUGCUAUCCCUGUCAUGGUGCCAGCCCAGAGUCGGGCCGGGUCCCUGGUAUAGGACCUGAGUGGACAAAGUAUUCAGGGAAGAAUCAGUGGAAUGCUUCAUGCAGGGGGGAGGGUGGGGUGAGCAAGUGCUGGGGACGAAACACUUUUCUUUGUAAGGAUUAAUAAAAAGCUCGGAGGAAAAGGCAAUGCCAUUACCUGGCCAGUGAGUUUUGUGGAAUGAACUGGAAUUCUCCAUCUUGAAGACUUGUUUCCCCACCAUAGAUCUCCUAGGAUUCUAUCCAGAAAACCUGGGUCUCAAAGAUGUGCCAAGCCAAGGAAAAAGAUAUAAGAGCUGAAUAGCACUUACAACCCAACUGCAGUCCAGAUGGGCUUGUCCUUUAGUUCAUGCCUAACUGAAUAAUUUUUCAAGAGAUUAAAGUGCCAGGUGAAGUUUAAAUGAUGAAAUUAUUUUAAAAAGAUAGUUGUCUUUAGAAAAAAUAAUGAGCAACCCUGAGAUCAUCACCGUUCCUCUUUAUCUAGAGGGCUUAAUGCCAUGAAUGGUUAAUGCUGGUCCCACCAGGGCUGGCUCUUAUAUCACAGAAUAAAAAGUUUUUACACAACAUUCAGCAAGAAAAGGGGGGAAAAACAAAAGAAACUUCUCUGAGAAGUCCCUUCAUAUUUAUUUAUUUGUCCCUUCCUGAACCAUGAAUUUCAUAUUUGGAAUAUUGCUAUACUGACAGAUUCUUGCCUGUCUGUUUUUCUAGGGUCUGUUCCAGGUCCAUGACAGUUGCUGUUCAUUAUUAACUGGAAAAGUAUUUUUUUAAAAGAAAACUAUUUUUUUUAAAGACUUGAGAGGCAUAGGGCUAGGAGAGAAAAGACUACUGUUAAUAGCACGUUCCGUGACCAGGUUUGUUGAGAGCUUCAGGAGGCCCCUCACAGGGAGAGGGAGCUGGGCUGUGUCUGGCAGGCUCCGGGCGGGGCUGGCCAGGGCUCCCUGCGCUCACACCGGCUUACUCUUAAUGAGGGCAGCGCCUGAUGCCUUGUGCACCGAGGUGGAGAACUUUCUCCUUGUUUGACAAGUCGAGGUUAGUAGGUCGUUACAGGGAGGUCAGGAGUUUUCUGCUGUUGUUUUCAAAGUAAUUAUUUUUGCAAAAGAGGUAAGAUUGAGACAAAAGGGAUGCCUUCAGGUAUGCCCUUGGGAGGGUCCGCCCUGUAUUUGUCACAGCUCAGGGUUGUAGUUUUGCCCGAAUGCGUUUUUACACCACUGUAAAGAGACUCCUUGUGUGAUUAAUGACCUGGCUUGGCUGGCCUUGGAGUUCACCAGAUAAUUUACGGACUCCCCACUGGUUUUCGCUGUGGAUCUGGGCAUACUUGUGUCGGGGACUAUCUUGCCUUAAUCACACUUUAAGCAACACAGAAAUGAUUUCUUCCCCAGAACCGUUCUCUGAAUUAUUUAUGAGGCCGAUCUCGUGGUUCCGUAAGAGCAUCAUUUUUUCCCCAAUGUUGUCUCUCACUCCCUCUUUGCACUAUGCCUUUUGCCCUCUUCUCCUGCAAGCAUAGUCGUCAUAGGGAGUGGCUUCCUGAUUUUCAGACCUAUUUGGAUAAAUGGAAACCUGCAGCUGCUGCGUUCACUGUUUUCUGGGAGGGCUACACUCAGAACCUAACCACUGCAGCCAUUUCUAUAUUGAUGGAAUGCUGAAUUUACAUUAGCAUUACUUAUUUUCUCCAUGUGAUGGUUCUUGGCUUUGUAAAAAUUUAAAUAAAUGAAUGUCUAUACUUUUUAUAAAGCAGAGUGAAAAUACCAUGAAAGAAAAGGUACUAUCAGAUGUUGUUUAGAAAGCAUUUAUCUUGCAUUUCUUUAUUCUUUCUAAUUAUCUAAAAUUCAAUAAAAGUUUAUUCAUAUAAAAA